UUUAACUUGGCCCAGUAUUAUUUUUGGGUUCAUACCACUGUACCUGGGUUUAAAACAUUUGAGGUUCAUGGAGCAUCACUGAAGUGGUUUUCAUCAUAUCAGACACACAUGGAUGAAGGCAGCAUCAUGAUGCGGAAGGAGUCACAGAACGGCUCCACGGGCCACAGCGCGGACUGUCAGACUAAAGACAAGCAGCCUGUAAAAGCUACUGUGCUACAAAAAGAUGUUGGCCUGUUAAGUGGUAUCUGUCUGAUUGUGGGGACGAUGAUUGGCUCGGGCAUCUUCAUCUCUCCUAAGGCUGUUCUGCUGUACUCUGGAGCUGUGGGACCCUGCCUUCUGGUCUGGGCUGCUUGUGGCGUGUUAGCCACACUGGGAGCACUGUGCUAUGCUGAGCUUGGCACCAUGAUCACCAAAUCAGGGGGAGAGUAUUCAUAUCUAACGGAGGCUUUUGGCUCCCUCCCGGCCUACCUUUACUCCUGGACCACAGUGAUGGUGCUGAAGCCCUCCGGCUUCGCCAUCAUCACUCUGAGCUUUGCAGAAUACGCCUCAACUCCUUUCUACCACGGCUGUACUCCUCCUCCUCUUGUAACCAAGUGUCUGUCAGCCGUAGCUAUAUUUUUGAUCGUCAGUGUCAACUGUUUGAGUGUCAAACUGGCGAGCUACGUGCAGAACUUCUUCACUGUCGCCAAACUUUUCAUCAUCCUUGUCAUAGUUGUAGCUGGCAUGGUAAUGCUGGCACGAGGAAACACUGAGAAUCUGUCGAAUGCAUUUGAUGGCACAUCAGCGUCUGUUGGAGGAAUUGGACUUGCCUUUUAUAAUGGGCUUUGGGCUUAUGAUGGAUGGAAUCAACUGAAUUUCAUUACAGAAGAGCUGAAACAGCCAUCCAGGAACUUGCCUCUGGCCAUCCUCAUCGGGAUCCCUUUGGUUUCUGUCUGCUACGUGUUGGUCAACGUCGCUUACUUCUCUGUUAUGACCGCCACUGAGCUGCUGUUGUCUCCAGCUGUAGCCGUGACUUUUGGAGACAGAGUCCUUUCCCCACUGUCUUGGAUCAUUCCUCUCUUUGUUGUCUUUUCUACAAUCGGUUCUGCCAAUGGAAGCUGCUUCACCGCUGGCAGACUGGCCUAUGUAUCUGGCAGAGAGGGUCACAUGGUUAAAAUCUUAUCCUAUAUUAGCCUGAAGCGCUACACUCCAGCCCCUGCUCUUAUAUUCAAUGGUAUUAUGGCUAUUUUCUACAUUAUCCCAGCAGACAUCAACACCCUCAUUAACUACUUCAGCUUUGCUCAGUGGGUGUUUUACGGUCUGACAGCGCUGGCUCUCAUAGUCAUGCGUUUUACCAGGAAGGAGCUCCAUCGACCAGUAAAGGUGCCGAUUGUCGUACCAUGCCUAAUGGUCCUGGUGUCCUGUUACUUAGUCCUGGCUCCCAUCAUUGAUAAGCCAGAGCUGGAGUACCUCUACUGUACUGUCUUCAUCUUUAGUGGACUUCUCCUCUACUACCCUUUCGUCUACCGCAAGGUCAACUGGUCGCGCAAACUGAUGAGGCCCAUCACUAUGCAUCUCCAGCUGCUGAUGGAAGUCGUUCCUCCGGAGAAAACCGAUUGAGAGGGGACAGAACCGACAACCAGGUCAUCUUUUGAUGCAUGCCGUAAAACAUGUCCAGGCUGGUUUUGGAAAAAGUAUUCUACAAAUUUUGUGCCAAAAGGGGAUCAGAGCACAAAAUAAAUAAAAUAAAGUCAAUCAGGAGUUUGAGGGUUUCACCAUAUCCUCAUGAUGUCUUUCGCCACAUAAAGAAAUAAAUCACUGCCAACAACACAACGUUUCUAUGAAAUUAAUGUUAAACAUUUAUUCAUAAUGUACAAUAAAGCUUUUACUGGGCCAAAGAUCAUAGAGAUAGAGCUGCUAGGAUCUAGAUAUGCAUGAAUCAGCACUUGAGCAAAUGGAGGGGGGUAACAUUAUAAAUGCAUU